AUGGGGUUCGGGAAGAAGUGGAGAAGUUGGGUCAAGAAAGAUUUUGAUGUUGGGCUGUUUAGAGGUGUCCCAGUUGGUUUUUCUAGUUUGCGUAUUUUGCAUCUCCAGUUUGCGGACGACAUGAUUGUGUUUUCUGAGGCAAACAUAGAAAUGGUCAGAAACUUGAAGAGGAUUCUUCGAGUAUUCGAAGUAGCUUCUGGGCCGGCUCUAAAUUUAGAUAAGUCAAAGCUGUUUGGAAUCGGGGUGGAAGAAAAUCAGUGUGCGGAUUGGGCAGCAUCUAUUAAGUGUGAGGUGGACUCAUUCCCCUCCAUAUACUUGGGUUUGCCUUUGGGAUAUCGUAGAAGUUCUACUGAAUUAUGGAAAUCUAUACUGGAGAAAUUACCGUCUACCGUAGCAUCAAAGUUGAAUAAAAUGAUAGCCAAGUUCUUAUGGGGGUCUAAAUCCGGUAAAGCUAUUCAUUGGGUGAAAUGGGAUCAUGUGUGUAAGCCCAAGGAGUUUGAUGGUUUAGGUUUUACUGAUUUGAAACUUAAGAAUCGUUCUCUCAUUAACAAAUGGAUUUGGAGAUUCGGGGUGGAAUCUUCGAGUUUAUGGAGAAGAGUCAUUGAGGCUAAAUAUGGGUUUGAUCAUGCUUCGUUGAUUCCAAAACCAAGGAACCCAAAUAAAGUAUCUUGGGUGCGGAGGAGUAUCUCUUGUCCAAUUGGUGUUGUUGAUGACGCAUUCACGCAUAACGUUCGAUGUGUAUUAGGUGAUGGGAGCUCCAUAGAGUUCUGGGAUGAUUUUUGGACAGAUGUGCCUUCCGUAAAAGUGGUAUUCCCACGCAUCUAUGUUGUUGCUGUUAAGAAGACGGAGAAGAUCAAUGCAUUCGGUUCUAAGGCCAAUGGUGUCUGGUCUUGGUAUAUUGAGUUGCGUAGGGUUUUAUUUGAAUGGGAGGUGUGUAUUUGGAAUGAAUUCAUGCUGAUGAUCAAUGCUGCAUCUUGUAGUAGUGCGCUUUUUGAGAUUGCCUGUUGUAGGGUGGAUACGUAA